AUGGAGGCAAAAGAGACUCAAGAAAUUUUCAUGAGAAAAGAGAACACGCUGGAGAUUCUGAAAGGAAUUAGCAGGGAGCAGGUGGUGCAAAUCACAUGCAAUAUCACUAUUGUAUCAAUAUGCACGGUGGAAAUACUCAGAAAUAUUCUAGAAAAGGAACUGAUAAAAUAUGAACUGAAGUUUGAAAAGAUGAACUAUGAUGUAGCAUUCACCAUGCGUUCUAAUCAGAAGUUGAUCAUUUUGGAUAAUUCAAGAUACUCAAAGGAGUUAUGCAGAUGUAGUUCAAUUUUAUCAGGGUGUUAUGGAAUGUACAAUUUGGCUAAGCAGCUGAACUUUGUGAAUCACAGAAUAGUCUGGCCGUUCUUAGUAGCACAUGAAUUCAAUGUUACGUAUGAUUUCACCAAAGAAUAUUGUAGUUGGUGCAGUGAUAUAGGAGCAGAAUUAGUCAGCCAGGCUAAAAGAACAAAGAAAGUAAACAACAUGGGAAUAGAGCAGGUGGAACUGAUAACACUGCCUUUCAUAUAUGAAUCAUCAUUAUUUGAUGCAAUUCAAAAUGAUUUGAAGACUGUAUGCAAAAAGAAGCUGUUUUCAGGCCAGAAUAAGGAAAACAAGGCAAAUUGCAACAGAAAAAUAUAUGAAUUCCUGGCAAAAGAGGGUAUAUCGAUUGCAGUUGCACAUGAAACAUACAAAAACAUAGAUUAUGAACAGAAUGAGAACAUGGAAUACAUCUUUGGGACUGAGACGAGCCUCAUCUUUGUGCAUGAGCAUAGUUUCAAAAUCAGACCAAUUGAGCACUACAUAUUGAUCAGUCACUUUUUGCACAACAAUAAUCCACUGAAUGCAUUCUUUUCAUUAAGCAAGAAAGAAUACUACAUGAACACAGGUUAUUUGAACAUGAUUAUGACAUUGAUGAAUACGUUUAAGAAUUUGGCCAAAGGAAUGAAAAAGGUAGAAAAUACGAUGAUAUUCUUUGAAAAAUUGAAGACGGAUCAUUUUGUAUCAGAAACGGACCAAAUUGACACAAAUGUUUUGUUCAUACUGCUGAAAAUGACACGGAUUUACCUGAGAUUCAAAUUUGAAAAUGAUUUUGACCAUGUAUUGGUUUUAAAGGGAAAUGAUGUCAUCUAUUUGGUUAGCAUUGCGGUGGGAUUUGAAGGAAUAUCACAUGAUAAAGUGUUAGAGAGAGAUGAUAUCUACAUAAAAAUAAAGAAGAACGAUUUAAAACAAGUGCUCCGAGAUGCACUGUUGAAAGACGAUGAAUAA